AUGUACCAAAGUCUUCCUUCCACCUCAGUACGGAAACGUUCAAUUAUUAUUAUUAUUUCUCACGACAGAGGAAAUCUUCAUGGAAGCUUAAUGUUCAGGACGAUAUUUAUUAUUGUGCUUUAGUGAGGGUGGUGUUUCUGCACUAUGGCUCGAUGGCAACCUGUCACAAACCUGAGGAGUCGAAUUAUACACCAUCCGCCUGUGACUGUUUUUUUCAUGUGCCUGGUGGUCCUAGCUGGAGCUUUCAUAAGCAUUGGGAUAUACUCACAAAACCAUGACAUGAAGAACCCAGACAUCGUCAUGGACUGGAACCAGAUGUUGGCUUCGCUGGCAAAGCUGAAGUUCUGCAGUCAGUUAAAUGAUUCAGAUCUUUUAAACGAGAAGCCGGAUAUAAAUUCACCUCCGCUGUUAACUCAUGCAGAUGAACUGAUCAACAGCACUCAACAAAAACAUGAAGUUAUUAGCAAGUUACUUCUAGUGCCUCUAAUGCAUGUUGGAGAUCACCUAGAUCACAGCAGCAUUAGUGCCACAUUACUGGGAAGCCAGUUAGGCCUGAGAGAAUCUGCUGGGAAACAGUUGUUGAAUAUAACACUGUUCUUGGAUAUACAGACACAUUCAUCAACCACUGAUUCUGCACUUAUCCAAAAGCUUUCGAACAUGCAAACAAGGCCCCGGGCUUACGAGUCUUGUCUGAUGAUUACCGCUCCGAGUCACAUUCUGCCUCAAACUCCGUCACCACCACGAUGUCCUUCUGAUAAAAUACAGGAGAAUAACAUAUCUCCUGUAAGUACACAUGCUGUACAAUCAAUUACGAAGAGCUCAAACACACCGUCAUGCCUCAGCUUGGAGUUCACUCCUGACCCCAAACUGACCGUCCUACUCACUCAGGAUGAAAAAAUUCUUGCUAGAUAUCACCUGCUGUUGGUCAGCAUUGCACUGGUGUCUCUCUGCAUCACAAUGUGUCUUUUGGGAACACUUACCUUCUCCAAGCCUGGUCGUCACCUUUCACAUGAUCCUCAAAAGGAAACUCUGCUGGGGUGAUGAGGAAGAGAACUGCAUCAAUAGCAGUGCACAUGGUUUACUGCUUAUCAAUCAUGUAAAAGUCCAUUUAUGUUAAACAUCUGUGAACAAAAUAUAAAGUCCUUGUAUUUGCUGUGAAGCUGGUGAAGUAUACAUUAAAUAUUAAACUGGGUGUAAUCAGUUUAUCUUCUCUG